AUGGACAACGGCAACGCCACUCUACAUAUCGUGUCUCUGGGCAGUUCUUUCGCCGCUGGCCCUGGAAUACGUCCCGUAACUGGUCCGCGCGGCGCAGGACGUUCAGGCGCAAAUUAUGCCCACAUCCUCGCGCAGUCCUUGAAUGUCAAACUAACCGAUCUAUCGGUCUCUGGAGCGACACUGUUAAACAUCAUCUCGGAGCCACAGUCAGUGCCGUUCAUUUCUCGAACAUUUCCACCGCAAAUCACGCAUGUCCCCGAAGACUCGGACAUUGUAACCAUCACUGCGGGCGGCAACGAUGUCGGCUACGUCGGGGGAAUGAUGCUCGACGCCUGGAAUGCUACCAUCCCAGGAAGGAUAAUAGGGUCAAUAAUCCAGGUUCUACAGACGUGUCUCUCGGUGCUCAGAUGGCGAAGGAAAAAAGAGAGGCCCACCUCCACCUCCCUGACAACGGAAGAACUCGCAACUCGAAUGGGCGAGGUACUCGAUGCCAUUCAUCGCAAGGCACCAAAGGCCCGUAUUCUUCUGGUGGAAUACCUCGCUCUUUUAUCCCCGGGCACUACUCGGCCUGGCCGGGACAUUCCCUUUGGGCAGGACAAGAUAAAUUACCAUGUCCAGCGGGCGUCCGAGUUGCAACGUGCUUACGUACUGGCAACACAAACUCGCGGUAAUUGGUGUCAGCGGGUUCCCAUUCAUGAGCUUAGCGAGAAACAUGCGCUUGGUAGUAGGACUCCGUGGGUGACAGGGUUCGGGAUCGGGUUACUUUUAAGAGGUAUCGUGCCCCUGCAUCCGAAUGCAGAAGGUAUGAAGGAAGUGGCAGGUAUUCUGCUUCAAAUAAUACAGAGCUGGAAGUGA